UGACAAUUUCUGUAUCUGUGAAGGGUACAGUGUGCCUCGCUGCCUGAUGUAUGAGAUUUAUGUGGAAAGCUGUGGCCAAAAUGCUCAGGACCAAGUCAACCCAGCCACAUUUGGGAAGUGUGAAAAUCAUUCACCGAUAAGGACAGACCCAGUUGGAUCCCCUUUGUCUGAAUUCAGGAGAUGUCCAUUCUGGGAGCAAGAACUGGCAAAGAAGUAUUCCUACAAAAUGAUGGCCUUUCUUGCUGAUGAAUACUACAACUAUUGCCAAGAUAUUUUACAAAACGUGGAGGACUUGCUCACUUCCUUCUGGAAAUCUCUGCAGCAAGACACAGUCAUGCUUAUGACAUUGCCCGAUGUGUGCCAGCUCUUUAAAUGCUACGAUGUGCAACUGUACAAGGGAAUUGAGGAUGUUCUCCUUCAUGACUUUUUGGAAGAUGUUUCUAUCCAGUACCUGAAGUCUGUCCGGUUAUUCAGCAAGAAAUUUAAGCUGUGGCUACUUAAUGCUUUGGAAGGUUUUCCAGCCCUUGUACAGAUCUCUAAACUCAAAGAAGUUACUGUGUUUGUUAAAAGACUAAGAAGGAAGACAUACCUUUCCAACAUGGCAAAGACUAUGAGAAUGGUGUUGAAAAAUAACAGGAGAGUCAGCGUUUUGAAGUCGGAUCUACAUGCCAUCAUCAGUCAGGGCACUUUGGACAUGUCUAAGAAAGCCCUGCCAAGUAACCCGAGUAGUGCCGCUGACCUGGAGACACAUGCGGAGAUGAAAUGUUUAAGCAGUUUGAUUUCUUUGCUGGGGACAUCCACAGAUCUCAGCAUAUUCCUGAAUUGUCUAUCCUCAAAUCUCCAAACAUUUGUCUUCCAGCCCAGCAGAAGCAAAGAAGAGUUUAUCAAAUUGGCCGCCAGCUUCCAGCUAAGAUGGAAUUUCCUUCUCACCACCGUGAGCAAAGCCAUGACUCUCUGCCACAGAGAUAGUUUCGGCUCUUGGCAUCUGUUCCACUUGCUGCUUUUGGAAUUUGUGACUCAUCUACUUCAGUCAUGCAUGGAAGAGGAGGAGGAGGACGACGAUGGGGGACAUCUCAAGGAAAUGCUACCAGAUGACCAGUCUCUUGUCCAGCCAGACCAGGCGUCUUUCCACCCUCCACAUUCUUCACCAACUCAGGAGUAUGAAAGCCCAAGUGUGGAUCCACACUGGGUGACCCUGAAACACAGGGGCCAGAGCCGAUGUCCCAUGGGUGUGAGCGGUGUGGUUCUCAGGGUCCUGGGCUUCCUGGUGGACAGUGACACGGGCAAUAAGCUCAUCCAGGUAUUAUUGGAGGACAAGGCCACGGAAAGCACAGUCAAACUCAGCCUUCCUGUGGGACAAGAAGCCCUUGUAACCUUAAAAGAUGGACAAAAAUUUGUAAUUCACAUAUCAGAUGUACCCCAAAGCUCUGAAAAUAUUUUUUUUCAGGGAAAGCAAUGCAACAUAUAAGAUUAUUUAUUUGAAUAGGACAUAAGAAAACAUAGAUUUUCACUCUUAAAAAUAUAUUAAAUGCUAAAGCUUUUGUAUUGAUAAGAAAGAAGAUUUUAUGUACAUAAUAGAGGUAGCAUUGUAUGUGUUAUGUUUAUAUGUAUUUCAAGGAGUUAGUUUUGAUGAAUCAAAUAAACUGAUUUGGAGAAU